UUCUCACCUCUCAUCCCAUCUCCCAUCACCGCAGCGCAACGCAUCCAGGCCAUCCCGUCCAGGCCUCUGCGGCACUCCUUCCAAGAGCCGCCCGCCAUGGAGCCGGCCAAGAGCACGCCGCCGCCGGCCGCGUCGGCCAAUGCGCGCAACCCGUUCGGCUACCAGACCCGCCUGCUCGAGCGCUCCGCCUCGCGCAGCAACUCGUCCUUCUCCCUCGCAAACGGCGCCGCAGAUGGCGCCGGCUCGGGCUCGCCGGCGCCACGCCUGCCGGGCGCCACCGGCCUCGUGCACUCGGGCUCGGUGCGCCGCUACCCUGCGCCGCACCGGCAUACGGGCUCGCUCGACCCCGCCCGUGCCGCCGAGCUGAUGCACGGCCGCAGCGGCGGCGCCUCGCCGACACAUGCCACGCACGCCGAGGGCCACUUCGGCUCCAACGGCAGCCUGGCGAGCUCCAGCUCCAGCUCGUCGCCUGCUGCGGCGCGCUCGCCGCGGCUCGGCAGCUCGUCGACGUUCUCUACGCCGGCGUCGGCGCGCAUCAACCGCCACCUCUCCAUGCCGCCGGCGCCGCGAGAGGACCCGUCGACGCCGACUGCCGUCUCGCGCCGGCCGCCGUCGCCGACCAAGGCCAGCAGUCCUUUCGCCCGCCCGGCGAGCCCCACCAAGUACGAGCGCCCGGCGUCGCCCUACAAGAGCAGCCUGGUGUCUCCCUCUUCGCCCGGCAAGGCCGACUCGUCGUGGGUCAACUCGAGUCCCUCGACGCCCAGCGGCUCCUUCUGGUCGCAGGCGGCGUCGAACAGCACCGCGCCCUCCUCGCAUGCGCCCUCGGCCAUCCAUCUCGGAGGCGUCAGCGAUCUGAAGCGCAGCAGCGUCGGCGCGCUGCAGAUGAUGCGCGACUUCACCACGCGCGCAGACAGCGUGACCAGUCCGGACGGCCCGGGCCACACGCGCAUGACUGUGGGCCCGCGCAGCGGUGGCGCGAUGCGCGCAGAGAAGGGCCUUGGCUUCACGCCCGAGGAGCGCGCCACUGCCUCCUACGACGAGGGCUUUGUGAAGCCCGCUCGGCCAGGGCGCAUGGAGAGCGAGGACCAGAACGCAGGUGAGAUCGUGCUGCCGGGCAUCACGACGGGCGCAGAGGACGUUGCCGGCCUGCAGGGGCGCAUCCGCCUGGCGCGUGCCGGCGGCGCGGGCUCAGCGGCGCUCGGCCGUCCCGCUGCGACAAGCAGCCUGCCGUUCAGCGCGGCGAGCAAGUGGAUGGACACACAGCGCCACCUGCUGCAGGCGUACGAGUACCUGUGUCACUGCGGCGAGGCCAAGCAGUGGCUCGAGCACUGCGUCGGCGAGGAGCUGGGCGACGUCGUCGACAUGGAGAACGAGAUGCGCGACGGCAUCAUCCUCGCCAAGCUGGCGCGCACCUUCGAGCCGGAGUGCGUGCCGCGCAUCUUCACGCACCCCAAGCUGCAGUACCGCCACACGGACAACACCAACUACUUCUUCCGCUUCUGCAACAAGGUCGAGCUGCCGAUCAGCUUCCAGUUCGAGCUCACGGACCUGUACGAGAAGAAGAACUUUCCCAAGGUCGUCUACUGCAUCCACGCGCUCUCGCACAUUCUCGCGCGGCAAGGGCGCGCGCUGAAAGUCGGCAACCUCGUGGGCAACCUGCAGUUCACCGAUGACCAGCUGCAGCAGACGCAGCGCGGUCUCGACGCAGCGGGCAUUGCAAUGCCCAAGUUCGGCGCGCUGGGCAAGACGCUCGCCAAGGAGAUGAACGUCGAGCCGGAGCCGGAGCCGGAGUCCGAAGAAGAGCGCAUCGACCGCGAGCUGGCCGAGAAUCUCUCUUCCGUGCUCGUCGCACAGACCGCAGUGCGCGGACUGCUCGCGCGCAAGGCCUUCGCGCGCAUGCGGGCAGACGCAGCUGAGCGGCGGCGCGCCGAGGAGGAGCGCCGGCGGCAGGCCGAAGAGCGAAGGCGCCUCGAGGAGGAGCGACAGCGCGCAGAAGAGGCGCGCCUCGCUGCUCUUGCCGAAGAGGAGCGGCAACGCAAGGCCGAGGCGGAGCGCCGGCGGCAGGAGGAGGAGCGCCGUCUCGCAGAGGAGGCGCGCAUUGCGGAGGAGCGGAGGAAGGCCGAGGAGAAGCGCCUGCUCGACGCCUGGGCGCCCAAGGUGCAGGCACAGGUGCGCGCGGCGCUCGUGCGCAAGCGCCACGACCGCAAGGUCGCCGAGCUGAACACCAGCACGCGCAACUUCAUCGGCCUCCAGGCGCGCAUCCGCGGCGUGCUGCUGCGCAAGAACUUCUACAAGGACAUCAGCGCGCUCGACGUGCACGAGGUCAGCGUGACUGCCAUGCAGGCGCAGGUCCGCGGCGUUCUCGCGCGCCUGGCGUACCAAGAGCGCAUCUUUGGGCUGGGCGACGCGACCGAGGCCGUCAUCAAGCUGCAGGCCGCCUGUCGCGCCACGCUCGCCCGGAGACGGCUGCUCGGCAAGAUCCGGUCGCUGCGCGAGUCCACAGACAGCAUCGUGGCCGUGCAGGCGCAGGUGCGUGGCCUGCUGGCGCGCCGUACGCGCGUCAAGAUGGCCUCGGCGCUGCAGAAGGUCGAGGUGCACCGCUCCGUCGGCGGCCUGCAGUCCUUUGCGCGCGCAGCGCUGGCGCGGAGGAAGCACCAGGAGCAGCGCAAGGAGCUCAACUUCGUCACGCCCGACGUCGUUGGCGUGCAGUCGCAGAUCCGCGGCGUGCUGGCCCGGCGCGAGCACGAGUGGUGGCGCGGGCACAUCCUCUCCAGCGAGCCGGUUGCCGUGCACCUGCAGUCUCUCGUGCGCGGUCUGCUCGCUCGCCGCAAGUUCUGGUCGAAGCUGCGGCACUAUCAUGAUCACAUGGAGAAGGUCGUCAAGAUUCAGAGCCUCUUCCGCGGCAAGCAGCAGGGCGAGCAGUACCGCAGCCUCACAAUGGGCAAGAACGUGCCCGUCUCGACGAUCAAGAACUUCGGCCACCUGCUCAACGACAGCGACCACGACUUUGAGGACGAGAUCGAGGUCGAGCGCCUGCGCAAGCUCGUCGUGCGCAGCAUCCGUGAGAACCGGACGCUCGAGAACGAUGUCUCGGAGCUCGACACGAAGAUUGCGCUGCUGGUCAAGAACAAGAUCGGCAUCGAGGAGCUCAUCAAGGCGAAGAACGAGCGCGGCCUGCUCGGCCAGCGUGACGCGGCGGCGAACCUGCAGCGCCGCAACUCGGUGCUCACUGCCGCCGGCGACCCCUUCGCCGAGCAGACGCUCGACCGCUCCGCCCGGCGGAAGCUCGAGCUGUACCAGGAGCUCUUCUACUCAUUGCAGACCCGGCCCGAGUAUCUGGCGCGUCUCUGCGCUCGCGUCGGGAAGAUGGAGAUCUCCGACCGGCAGCGGAAACAGGUCGAGAAGAUCGUGCUCACGCUCUUUGGCUACGCGCAGAAGGCGCGCGAGGAGUACCUGCUGCUGAAGCUCUUCCAGCGCUGCGUCGCCGAGGAGCUCCAGCUGGUCUCGGGCGUGCAGGACUUCAUGCGUGGCAACGCGCAGUUCAUCAAGCUCGUGCUGCAGUACAACCGCGGCGCCAAGGAGCGCAAGUACCUGCGCGACCUGCUCGCGCCGCUUGUGCAGGGCAUCGUCGACGACGAUGCGCUCGAUCUCGAGACGGAUCCGUGUACGAUCUACCGCGGCUGCAUCAACCGCGAGGAGAUGGAGACGGGCCAGGCGAGCCGGCGCCCGCUCGACGUCACCUUCCACGAGGCGCUGGCCGACCCAGAGGCGCGCACAGCGUUCAUUCAGCACCUGCAGUUCCUGCGCGGCACCACCGAGGCGUUCCUCUCGGCCAUCAUCGGCUCGACGAAGCGCAUGCCGUUUGGCAUCCGCUACAUUGCGCGCGAGGUCUUCCGCGGCCUGCAGGAGAAGUUUCCAAACGAGGCCGAGGACACGCUCAUCAAGGUCGUCGGCCACCUCGUCUACUACCGCUACCUCAACCCCGCGAUCGUGGCGCCCGAGGGCUUCGAUGUCAUCGAGACCCUUGUCGGGCCCGUGCAGCGCAAGAACCUGGCCGAGGUGUCGAAGAUGCUCACGCAGGUCGCUGCGGGCCGGCUCUUCUCCGAGGACAACCCGUACCUGCAGCCGCUCAACGAGUACGUCUCACAGGCGUCGGAGCGCUUUGUCAAGUGGCUGCACACCGUGGUGGACGUGCAGGAUGCCGAGCUGCAGUUCUCGGCCGACGAGUUCCUCGACCACACCGUCGCGCAGAAGCCGGUGAUUUACAUCUCGCCAAACGAGAUCUACUCGAUGCACCUGCUCGUUGCGCAGCAGAUCGACCACCUCGCUCCGCGACCAGAAGACCCGCUGCGCGGUGUCCUCACCGAGCUCGGCGCUCCGCCCGUCUCGAACACCCAGGAGCUCAACACUGCGCGCGACAGCGAAGUCACGCUCGAGCUCGUCUCGCGUGCGACGAACCUCGUUGACCCCGAGGCCGAGACCAAGGCUCUAUUCGUCGAGUCGAAGCGCCUCGUGCUCUCGCUGCUCAAGGUGCAGUCCGGCAAGACGCUGCUCGACGUCUUUGUUGCGCCGGUGACGGACGCCGACGAGCUCGCGUGGGAGGAGCUCGUCUCGCUCGAGGUGGCCGGCGACCGGGCUCGCAUGCGCGGGCAGCGGCCGCCAGGUCCGAACGAGGUGCGGAGCCCGCGGCUGGAGGACGUGCGUCGCCUGUCGUUUGCCGAGCUCAAGGCACGCACGCUCGAGAACAUGCUGCAGCUCGAAAAGCUCGGCAAGGUGUCGCGCAGCAACGGCUACCAGGAGAUGCUGUCGGCGCUGGCCGUCGACAUCCGCAACAAGCACCGCAAGCGGAUACAGCGCCACAACGAGAAGACGGCGAUGGCCGUGACGCUGACGAACCUGGGCGAGAAGAAGUCGUACCUCGAGGAGCAGAUCAACUCCUACCACGCCUACAUCGAUGCGAGCAUGCAGACGAUGCAGAAGAAGGGCAAGAAGAAGUUCGUGCUGCCCUUCACACAGCAGUACUUCCACAUGCGCAGCCUCAAGGCGAGCGGCAAGGUGCCCAAGUUCGGCUCGUACAAGUACACGGCGCAGCGGCUGUUCGAGAAGGGCGUGCUGCUCUCCGUCGAGCAGUUCAGCCAGAAGCAGUACGACCAGAUCAACCUCACCAUCAGCAGCGACGAGCCGGGCCUCUUCACCGUCACCGCCUCGGUGCUCGGCGUCGUCGGCGGCACGGAGGAUCUGCGCAUCGAGGACCUGCUCUCGGCGCAGUUCAGCAAUGUCUCGGUGCUCACGCUCAUGGACGGCAUGGCCAAGGUCAAGCUGCCGCUCCUCAUCAACCUCAUCAACACCAAGUUUUACGCCUGACCCGACUGACCGCCCCAUGCCCACCCUCUCACGUGUCCCGGCCGCCGCGCUGUGUCUUGCAUUCUCACCUCCGUUCCCGUCUCGCUGUGGAUGCCGCCCGUUGCAAUAUGUAGCCGAUGCCGGAC